AUGUCAACAAAAACACCUGGUGGUUCUGGACCUAGCGAGAAGUUCAUGAAAAAGGAUGCUGCUGCGAAAGGUCUCGGUGCAGAUAACGCCCCAGCACACAAGGAAGGCCAUGUGCCUGGAGAAGCACCUGUAGCAAGCGACUCUUAUACAGCAAGGCAACCUGGAACAACGGUUGGCGAGAAAGGAAAUGUCGGUCACAUCGUUGGCGAGAAGCCAAGCGAUACCAUCAACCAGGGAAACAUGCGCUGA